CUCAGAAUGUCAACCAAUCGGAGCACGCCUUGCUCUGGGUUGGGGGAAGCACAUGGAGAAAAUGGCGAGGGACGGACGGCCACAUUUUGGGCCAUAGAAAAUACGCAUUAGGAUGAGAUAAAAGGGAGUUCAGGACGUUCCCAGGGUUCAAUUGAUAUGACCAGACUACAGUAUGGGCUCGGGCUGAGUGAGUAGCCCGGACGCCUGGAUAUGGGUGCCAUGUUUCCGUCCGGCGACAGGUAGUGUUCCGGAGGAGUGCCCACAUGUGAUGUCCUCGUCGCCCGUUUGUAUGACCCACGGCUUUUCCUAGGACAGCUAAUUCCAGCUUCGGGAUGAUCGUCGUUGCAUACCAAACACGAUACGGCCCAAGACAGGUGUUGUGGAGAGCAGAGGAUCGUGACAACCCAGUAGAACUAGGUUACAUGUACAGUAAUGUUAGUGCCGAACUAUGAUCAGUAUGUGUGUACAAGUGUACCGGAAGUGAUGGUGUUGCCGAACUGUUUCUAUGUUUACAUUAUCAGCUGAUUAUUGUCUUUGUAGUGUUUGUACUGGUUAAAGUACUUGGAUCAUCUAGGAUGAACUGUAUUAUCAAUUAACAUUCACAGUAAUAACUAAGUGAUUAAUUUGGAGAGAAACAUCCAGUGGUAUAGGAUAUUUCGGUGAUAUUUGGUAUUUGAAUAUACUCUGGAUAGAUUUUUGAGUAUGAGAAAAUUAUCCUAGUCCUAUAUGUAUUAUGAAGUGUCGAGUGUGUGAGGGAUCCCGUAGUAUGAUGAGAAUUAGGGUUAUUUGUUGUGAUAGGUAGUACUUAUAUUGUAUGUUAUGUCAUUAUUUGUUCUUGUGUAAAUAAAUUGUUAAGUUUACAUAUUUGCUUUUAGUUAUCUGUUGGUAGCUUCCAGGUCUGUAAAGGUAUUGGCCCUCGGGUUCGUGACAUAUAUGGUGGCAGCGGUGGGAUAAUUAUUCCCCUUUGUAAAUUAUAAUUACAUAAUUCUUUGUGUGGUGGGAAGAAUUUUUAUUCCUAGUACAUGGAGUUUUGUGGUUAUGAUAGUUUUGGAUAAUUAAUUUGAACUAGUCCUUAAAUAUCUAGACCUGGCACUACUAACAGUUAGCUGUUAUGUAAAGGCACACUUAUUAGGUGACCUGUAAUUUAUAUGUAGGUCAAGGUCAUUCUUGAUUGCUCAAGGUCAAGGUUAUGUUGUUACUAUUUUUGGAUAACUGUACUGGUCAAAUGUGAUACUGGAAUAAUAUUAUUGAACCCUGGGAAACGUCUGAACAAUUGUAAUUAAUCUUUUGAUAGAUUAAGUUUUUCUGUCUAGUAGUGUGCUUCGGAGUUUAUGAUAGUUAGCUGUAAUAAGUAUUAUUAGUAACUAUUAUUUUGAUGUUCCUCGAUACGUAUUAGGUAUUAUUUUGCUGGAUCACCUAUUACCUGGACGCGUACGGUACAAUGGAUCGAUUGGAGCAAUAUCUCGAGAUGGGUGCCAAGUUGGGCCUAGCUGAAUCGGGGCUACAAGAAUACGUAUUGAAGCUCCAAGCGGAGGAGCGUGAUGUUAGGGCUUAUGAACGAGAAGCUCGUGCAAGGGAGGAGGAACGUAAAACUAAAGAGGAGGAACGUAAAACUAAAGAGGAGGAGAGGAAGUUCAAACUACAGGAACUGGAACUCUCCAGACAAAAACUCGCCAUGGAAUUAGAGAUGCAGAGUCAGAGGAGACAGGAAGCUGAACAGAGCUUUCAGCGUCAAAAGGAGCUGAUUUCGCUCCAGGGGCAUGUGAGUAUGGAUACAGGAACUCAUGGUUCACAAGCGAGCCAGGAAGCCAGAGGUUCUGGAAGUCAUUAUAUACCGAAGUUACCUCCCUUCGACGAACAAAAGGAUGAUAUUGAUGCGUAUAUCAUGCGUUAUGAAACUUUCGCGAGAUCUCAAAGGUGGGCUGAGGAACGUUGGGCAGUGGGACUUAGCGCGUUGCUUAAGGGAGAGGCUCUCAGCGUGUAUUCUCGGUUAGCACCGGAUCAAGCGUUGGAUUAUAAAGAACUGAAGGAGGCCUUACUUCGGCGUUUCAAAUUUACAGAAGAAGGAUUCCAUAAGAAAUUCCGUCACAGUCGAGUGGAACAUAGCGAGACUGUCGGACAAUUUGCCUCGCGAUUGGGUAACUAUUUGGACAGGUGGUUGGAAUUAGCGAAAUGCGAGCAAACUUAUGCAGAUCUGAGAGACAUGAUGAUUAGGGAGCAGGUGUUAUUGUGUUGUAACCAGGAACUUACAUUGUUUUUGAGGGAGAGAGCACCCGACAGUGUAAAGGCUCUCGUGAACCUUGCUGAUAAAUUUGUCGAGGCACGUGGCGGGGUGGCCAAACCAUUCCUGCAACAGAGAUCGACAGGGAGAUCCCAGGAUAACUCUAAUCAGCAUCGGAACCAGGCAAGUCAGCCGUCAAAAGGGUCGGACCGGCUAAACAACAACAUGUCUACUAAGCGUCAGAACAACCCAGCUAACCCUAGAACGUGUUUUAUAUGUGGGAGUAGCGACCACCUGAUGGCUAAGUGUCCCAGAAAACAGAAGUCUGGAGUUGGAGCGGUAACUAAAAUGCAUCAUAGGAGAGUUGACCGAGACAAGGGAGAUAACUCGUCUCGGGACACAGGAAACACUGAGAACUUGUUAAGUGAGAGUGUAUCUUCACACCAGAGUGGAGUACCGAUGCCAGUGCUGCCGGGUUUUGUGAACGGUAGAGAAGUUAAAGUGCUUAGAGACACUGGAUGUUGUGGAAUUGUGGUUCAGAGACAGUUAGUUAAGGAUUCUCAGCUGUUAGAUAUGACUCAAACUCUUCGUUUGGUAGACGGCACUGAACGACAAGUGCCCGUUGCCAAUGUGGUCGUCCACACUCCGUAUUUCAGUGGGGUUACCAACGUGUGGUGCAUGGACAAUCCUUUGUAUAGCGUGAUCAUUGGGAAUGUCCCGGGGGCUGAACCGCCGGACAAACCAAAUAAGAACUUCGAUCAACCAUCUACAGUAGCUGCAGUGGAAACGCGUGCACAGAAACAAAAAGAGACGGUGCUUAGGAAAACUCAGCUCAGGGUGGCUCCAUCUCUGAAAGAUGUGGCAACCCAUGAGGAAUUAAAGAAAGAGCAACAGCAGGAUAAAACGUUGAUGAAACUAAGGACUUGGGCAAACAGUAACCAUACUAAGGAAGAAAAAGGAGUCAAAACCCGAUUUGUUGUGUCCAAAGACUUAUUAUAUAGGGAAUUGGAGGAGAAGGGUAGUACGAGAAGACAAUUGGUGGUGCCGAGAAAAUUUCGUGAAACAGUGUUAAAUCUAGGCCAUAAUUCUGUCAUGGCGGGACAUUUAGGCAUUGCAAAGACUACUAACCGGGUGUUAGCAGAAUUCUUCUGGCCAGGUUGUCGGUCAGACAUUAGGAGAUACUGUAGAUCCUGCGAUGUAUGUCAAAGGACGGUGCACAAGGGGAGUGUCAGAAAAGUGCCACUGGGUGACAUGCCUAUAAUUGACAAACCGUUUGACAAGGUAGCUGUGGAUAUAGUUGGACCAUUAUAUCCCGCUUCGGAUCGUGGCCACAGGUAUAUCCUUACUGUGGUGGAUUGCGCUACUCGCUAUCCUGAUGCGGUACCGUUAAAACAUAUUGAAACAGAGGACAUAGCAGAGGCCCUAGUGGAUGUGUUCAGCAGGGUUGGUGUUCCUCGAGAGAUAUUGUCAGACCGAGGCUCUCAAUUCACCUCGGGGGUUAUGAAGGAGCUCAGCAGAUUACUAUCAAUGCGGCAGAUGACAACCACUCCCUAUCACCCUGCCUCUAACGGAUUAGUGGAAAAGUUCAAUGGCACCCUGAAACAGAUGAUGAAACGGAUGUGCGUCGAACAACCUAGGAACUGGGAUAAAUACAUCAACCCAGUGCUUUUUGCGUACCGGGAGGUUCCACAGGAAAGCCUUGGCUUUGCUCCAUUUGAGCUUAUAUACGGACACAGCGUCAGGGGACCUCUGAAAAUAUUGCGUGAACUUUGGACUAAAGAUAUUCAGGACCCGGAUGUGAAAUCUACCUACCAAUACGUUGUGGAUUUAAGGGACCGACUUGAGAAAACUUGUGAACUAGCCCAUGAAAACUUGAAAGUGGCCAAGUUCAAACAGGCACGUAACUAUAACAAGCAUGCUAGAGACCGGAGGAUGCAAGCCGGAGAUCAAGUGUUGGUGUUGAGGCCUAUAAAGCACAACAAACUGCAAUUACAAUGGAUGGGACCCUACAAAAUAGUAUCUAGGGUUGGUGAUGUGGACUAUCAGAUCGACAUGUCUGGUAAACUGAAGACCUUCCAUGCAAACAUGCUAAAACAGUAUCAUAGCCGUGUUGCCGAGGCGACACCUGCGGGAGUCUUUGAAUGUGCCAGCAUAGCAGUCAUUGAGGAGACAUAUGAGGACAGUCGCGAUGGAAGAAUGGACAGAAACGAGGAAAACCCCCUUUUGCUACCUAACGUGGACUCGACGGAAACAGUAUCUGAUGUACAUAUAUCGGACGAUUUAGCGCGAGACCAGCGUACACAAAUUUUGGAGCUAUUGGAGCAACAUAAGGAUGUUCUUACCGACCUUCCGGGUCGUACCUCGUUGGCAACGCAUGACAUUGUAACUACGACAUCAGUCCCAGUACGGGUAAAACCUUAUCCGACUCCACUACAUACUAGAGAGACAAUUAAAGAGGAAGUGGACAAAAUGUUGGCCAUGGACAUAAUAGAACCAUCCGACUCUGAGUAUUCAUCUCCCAUAGUAAUGAUAAGGAAACGAGACAGUACUUGGAGGUUUUGCAUUGAUUAUCGCCAAUUGAAUAAAAUCACAGUCUUCGACGCAGAGCCGAUGCCUUCCCCUGACGACUUGUUUGCUAAGCUGUCUCAGUGCAAGUAUUUCAGCAAAUUUGACCUUAGUAAGGGGUACUGGCAGGUUCCCUUAAGCCCGGAUGCGAAGAAGAAAAGUGCGUUUACUACAUCCUUCGGCCUAUUUCAAUUCAAGGUAAUGAGCUUUGGUCUCCAGAAUGCACCCAGCACCUUUAGUCGUCUAAUGAGAAAACUUUUGUCAGGCAUGCAGCACAUAGACAACUUUUUGGACGACAUAUUGAUAUUCACCAAAACCUGGGAGGAACAUGUCAGGGUUCUCAGAACCCUGUGUGAACGACUGCGAGAUGCGAAUCUCACAGCGAGACCGUCAAAGUGCUUUGUGGGGUUUCACAGCCUGGAGUGCUUAGGACACAUAGUUGGAGAAGACAAACUUCAACCUACUCCGGAGAAAAUAGCAGCCAUCCAAGCAGCCGCACGACCGACUACGAAAAAACAAGUGAGAUCCUUUAUUGGGCUGGCCAAUUACUAUAGGAAGUUCAUUCCAAACUUUGCUACUAUAGCGGUACCUCUCACCGACUUGACUAAAAAGGGCAUGCCAAACCAUGUACAAUGGACUGACGCACAGGAAAAUGCGUUCGUGAGUCUGAAGAAACAUCUGACUUCAACCCCUAUCCUUCGUCUACCGGACCUGGAGAAAACGUUUACACUACGUACGGAUGCAUCAGACCUGGGAAUCGGGGCCAUUUUGCUGCAGGAUACUGAUGAUGAGAUGCACCCGAUAGCCUAUGCUAGUCGCAAAUUGUUACCUCGAGAGCGCCGUUACUCGGUUAUGGAAAAAGAGUGUUUAGCAAUGGUGUGGGGAACUGACAAGUUUGCGCAGUAUCUGUUGGGACGCGAGUUUCAGGUUGAGACUGAUCACCAACCAUUAACAUGCCUUUCAAACAAAAAGGUGGCCAACAGCCGAAUCAUGCGAUGGGCCUUAUUGCUACAGCCAUUUCGGAUGAAAAUCAAAGCCAUUCCUGGAUGUGAAAAUGUAGGAGCCGACUUUCUUAGCCGGGUAUGAGCCCGACAGCGUGUCGGGUGUAUUGUGAUUAGAAGACUGUUUGUAAAUAUCCGUAGAACUGUGUAACCAAUAGUAUAGACAACAAGGUAGUUGGUCUAUCCAAAAAGGGGGGAGAUGUCACGAAGUCGUGACAGUUGUAUAUGUAUAAUGUGUGACUUCUUGGUUUUGUGAUUGUAAAACUGAAGGGGUAAUUUUUUUAGUGAUAGGUUAUUUACGGUAAUUCAGUAUUGAGCCUAGACUGAGUGUGGAAUAGAUGUAUUACAAGAGAUAUUACGGUAUUUUAUGGGGUUUAACUAUAAUACAGCAUGGCCUGUUUACUCAGUUCUGAUUGGCCUAUGCUCAGAGUGUCAACCAAUCGGAGCACGCCUUGCUCUGGGUUGGGUGAAGCACAUGGAGAAAAUGGCGAGGGACGGACGGCCACAUUUUGGGCCAUAGAAAAUACGCAUUAGGAUGAGAUAAAAGGGAGUUCAGGACGUUCCCAGGGUUCAAUUGAUAUGACCAGACUACAGUAUGGGCUCGGGCUGAGUGAGUAGCCCGGACGCCUGGAUAUGGGUGCCAUGUUUCCGUCCGGCGACAGGUAGUGUUCCGGAGGAGUGCCCACAUGUGAUGUCCUCGUCGCCCGUUUGUAUGACCCACGGCUUUUCCUAGGACAGCUAAUUCCAGCUUCGGGAUGAUCGUCGUUGCAUACCAAACACGAUACGGCCCAAGACAGGUGUUGUGGAGAGCACAGGAUCGUGACAACCCAGUAGAACUAGGUUACAUGUACAGUAAUGUUAGUGCCGAACUAUGAACAGUAUGUGUGUACAAGUGUACCGGAAGUGAUGGUGUUGCCGAACUGUUUCUAUGUUUACAUUAUCAGCUGAUUAUUGUCUUUGUAGUGUUUGUACUGGUUAAAGUACUUGGAUCAUCUAGGAUGAACUGUAUUAUCAAUUAACAUUCACAGUAAUAACUAAGUGAUUAAUUUGGAGAGAAACAUCCAGUGGUAUAGGAUAUUUCGGUGAUAUUUGGUAUUUGAAUAUACUCUGGAUAGAUUUUUGAGUAUGAGAAAAUUAUCCUAGUCCUAUAUGUAUUAUGAAGUGUCGAGUGUGUGAGGGAUCCCGUAGUAUCAUGAGAAUUAGGGUUAUUUGUUGUGAUAGGUAGUACUUAUAUUGUAUGUUAUGUCAUUAUUUGUUCUUGUGUAAAUAAAUUGUUAAGUUUACA